AUGGUCAACCUCCGGAUUCGCGCCGAGCCGUCGGUAAGUAGACGAGCCCCUCCCGUCGGAGAAGGAGAAGAGGGAAGUAGACGAGCCCCUCCCGUCGCCCAGAUCCCGACUUGCCUGUGCAAGUGGAAGAUCAGAACGACCGCUAAACGAGAAGGAAGACGAGGAGCUCCCUACCUCCGUCGUCAGAGCGGCAUUGGGGAUUGA